AGGAAAAUACAGCACUCAAUGCUUUUGCAGAAGUUUAUUGAUGUUAUGAAUGAAUACAAUCGCAUUCAACUCGAGUAUCGGGAGAAAUGCAAAGAUCGCAUCACUCGACAGCUUUUAAUCACUGGUCGUCAGACAAAUAAUGAAGAGGUAGAGGAAAUGCUAGAGAGCGGCAAUCCUGCCGUUUUUACACAAGGAAUAAUUACAGACACACAACAGGCCAAACAAUCACUGGCCGACAUCCAGGCCCGACACGCCGACAUUAUUAAACUCGAGAAUAGUAUCCGGGAAAUGCACGAUAUGUUCAUUGAUAUGACAAUUCUUAUUGAGAAUCAGGGAGAGACAAUCAACCGAAUUGAGACACAAGUGAUCACAUCGAAGGCAUAUGUCGACGACGGGAGAGUUGAGUUGGGAAUCGCACGCAAACAUAAGGCAAAGUCCAGAAAAAAAUGUAUAUAUAUUGUAAUAAUUGUGGUUUUAUUGGCGGUU